CUCCGGCCCGGGAGCCCCGCCUCCUUCCUCUCCUCGUGUCCCUCCCCCGCCCCGGCCGGGCGGCCCAGGCGCAGCUCGGCGACCCUCGGAACCCCUGCGAACAUGGCGCUGCGAGUGGCUGGGUGCGUCCGCGCCGCGGCCUGCAGCCUGCGCGCAGCCUCGGUGUCCUCCGCGCCCUGCGCGAUUCGGCCCUGGCGGCUGUGGGCGGGCGCCGUGCGGUCGCUGCGUACUGGAUCGGCGCUGCUCGCGAUGCGCAAGUUCACAGAGAAACACGAAUGGGUAACAACAGAAAAUGGUAUUGGAACGGUGGGAAUCAGCAACUUUGCACAGGAAGCUCUGGGAGAUGUUGUGUACUGUAGCCUGCCUGAAGUUGGGACAAAAUUGAAAAAGCACGAUGAGUUUGGUGCUUUGGAAAGCGUGAAGGCCGCCAGUGAACUCUAUUCUCCUCUGUCAGGGGAGGUAACUGAAAUAAAUGAAGCUCUUGCAGAAAACCCAGGGCUGGUAAACAAGUCUUGUUACGAAGAUGGCUGGCUGAUCAAGAUGACAGUGGGUGACCCUUCAGAACUAGAUGAGCUCAUGAGUGAAGAAGCAUAUGAGAAAUACGUGAAGUCGAUCGAGGAGUGAAGUGGCACCCGAAAUAAACUAGUGUGAAGUGUCUUCUUCAGCAGAGCUGUCUGCAGUUAGUGGCAGACAAGAGACUUGAGAUAACAGCUUAUAGCAGUGCUGUCAUGAUGGAAAAGGAGCCACUGUCAUCACUGCUCCUGGACGGAAAUACCCUUAACGCCCUAGUGAUUGCAGAUAAACACAAUGUGUAUCUUUUUAUAUGUACCUCAUGAUUUUUAGACUAGGCUAUAGAUUCUGAUAUUCAGAAUUCAUGAAAUUAUCCCUGGUAAAAACUAGCUGUAAGAAUCCUGUAAUUCAAGGAUAACACUGUUAUCAUAAGCCUUAUGUAAUGCUGUAACUUGCUUACAUUUCUUCCUGGAUUUGGGUCGAAAGCCUUACAGAGCGUGUAUGUCAGACGAAGGAUGACACUUUCUUAAUUGACACUUUCUUAUAAUGCAGUAGACUGCAUUGUCUGAGGCUGUUUUUAUACACUGAGGCAACAGCUUUGCAGCACAGUAAGAAACAAAUAAAAUGUUCAACAUUAA